AUGGUGGAAGAUUUAGCGAAGAUUUCGGUCCAAACGCCAAAAUGCGGUUUUUUACAUGUUUAUAUCCAGGGUGAUUUGGAGGAUCGGAAUGGAAAAACGUUUAUUUUGACUGUACACGAUGUUGGCACCAACUAUAAAGCGUUUGUACGGUUUUGUAACCAUCCUUCAAUGGCUGAUGUCAAGGCAAAAUCUAUCAUUCUUCAUGUCUGCAUGCCUGGUCAGGAAGAUAACGCUUCGGAUUUCGUUGGCGAGUUUCCAACACUGACGCAGUUGGGUGAAGACCUCGUUUGCGUACUGGACAAGUUGGAUAUCAAAACAUGUAUUGCAUUUGGCGAAGGUGCUGGUGCUAAUAUUAUUUGUCGCUUUGCUAUAGCUUCCCCAAAUCGUAUAAUGGGUAUUUGCCUUGUACAUUGUACAGCAACUACAGCUGGUUUGAUUGAGUACUGCAAAGAUAAGUUGAUAAACAUGCGUUUGGAAUCUGGGGUCAUGUCGCAAGGUGCAUGGGAUUAUUUAGCAGUACAUAAAUUUGGAUCUUUAAUUUUCCAGAGCGAUAAAAAGGAGAAGCAGGCAUAUAUUGAAGAAUUGAAAUGCUGCUUGAAUCCAAAAAAUUUGAGCAAAUAUUUAUACAGUUUUUGUAAAAGAAGUGAUAUUUCUUCACAGCUGGGCAAAAAGCUUGAAAACAUGGAUGUUUUACUGGUUACGGGAGCGAAGGCUUCACAUCUUCAUACCGUGUAUACUACGCAUAAGUCGAUGAACAGAAGGAAAACUACGUUGUUGGUAGUGGAUAAUGUAGCCGAUGUAAUGGCUGAAGCUCCAGAAAAGCUGGCCAGAUCAUUGAUACUGUUAUGUAAAGGUUGUGGAGUCCUUUCUGGUGUUCCAGUUCCAGGUAUGGAAAGGCAGCGUACACUUAGCAGUUCUAUGGAAGAAGCUGAUCGGCCACGACGCCUUUCAAUGACCCAGCCAACAGCUCCGUCUAUUCAGUAG